UAACUCUAUGCCUGAAUAGUUGAAAUUUUUUUGUACGGCUGAUCUUUUGUGGAAAAAUAAUAAUUACUUUUAUUAAAAAGUGUUUUUUUUACUUGAACUAAUUAAAAUUUGGAAUAUAUUAUCUCCUGUUUCAAUUAAUAUAUAAAGAUUCUUUUGGAUAAAUUAUUUGCUGAAAAAUUAUAAAAACGUGCUAUUUGCCUUUGCAGAUUUUGUGUGCUGCAUUCCGCCAUUUUUGUUCCUGAACUUUUUUUAAAUUUGUACAUAUUUAUUUUUUAAUAAAUACCACUGCAGUCUAUUGGAACUUUAUGAUUUGUGGUUAAGUGGAGUGUGUCUUGUUGCUGGUAGAGGUUUGCUGCUGCUAUCUUCUUGCAGUUGAACCCUUUUCAUUGAUUCUUGCUGUUUUACUUGCCGCCAUUUUUGUGUGUUACGUGUGGUGGUGUUUCUGCGGCUGUUGGAGUAGUGCACCUGCCGCCAUAUUUGUGGUCUGUGAGUGCUGUGCUACCUUGGUGGAUGAUUGCUCCUACUGUUUUCCUGCUGGUGAUUCUACAUAUAUAAGGGUGCUGUUUGCUGCUACACAUUGUGUCACUUGCUGCCAUACUUAUUGUGAGUGGUGUUCUGCUUAUGGUGUUAGUGUGGAUUUGCUGCUGCUGUCAUCCUACAGGAAUUGUUAAAAUACUUUCACUGGAGUUCAUUGUGUACUAUUGCUGCUGUUAAGUAAAGCUGUUCUUGCUGUUGCUGCUAUCCUCCUAUUGGUGCAUUAUUAUUAUUAAUAUUGAAGUUUUGCUUACUGGUUGUGAAUUAUCAACGUGCUCCUGUCUGCUGUUAAUGUAUUUUACGGGCUAUUUAGUGCACUUUUGAAUUUGUUUUCUACCAACCAUUUUUAAGAUGCCGCCUGCUAAAACUUACAAAUGUGGUGUUUGUCUGGAAGAUAUUGCCAAGAAUCGAGCCAGUGUCCUAUGCAAAAAUUGUUCACUGUGGAUACAUGUUAGCUGUACAGAUCUUCAAGAAAAAGCACUCGCUUUAUUAAAAGACAGUAAGUCUUUAUCUUUUACUUGUUCCAAAUGUGACAAAAACCCAAAUUCUGGUAUGGAUAAAAUACGCGAAGAGGUUUGUGCCAUUAGCUCUAAACUUGAUUUAUUUAUUGAUAAAGUGGGCAAUGAUCAAAGAUCUAUUCAACAAUCUCUAAUGGAUACUGUCGCCGGCUUUCGAACAGAAAUGACAACUUGCUUUAAGGAUAUGAAGGCUGAAAUACUUAAUUGUAAUAAACUUAUUGGUUUUAUUGACACGUCGACUACUAAAAGAAUUAAUACUUUAGAGGAUGAAAAUAAUGUCUUAUACAAGAGACUCAAUCGUGCUGACGUCAUUAUUAUUGGUUUGCCAGCAGGUCUGGGUGACCUAGUGGAUCCUAUCAUUAAAAUAGGAUCUGUCUAUAAUAUCCCUAUCUCUCGCGUCGACAUUAAUCAUGCCUUUUACUUUAAGAAUCAAAAAGCUAUUUUAGUAAAAUUCAAUAAUGUUUUUUUGCGUGACCAGUUAAUGGCGGAGUAUUUCAAAACCAGAACCUUAAGAGUCUGCGAUGUUAUUGGAGGUGAAAUUGAAUCACGUAUAUAUUUAAAUGAUCACCAUUCCCCAGCUGCUGGCCGGUUAAAUAUUGUAUGUAAGAAGCUUCUCCGUAAGGGCAUAAUUAUUAAAUUUAAGAUGCUUAAUGGUGAUAAGUUACGUGCUAAGCUGACCAUGGCUGAUGGAAAGAACGUGGUUUGCGACUCCGUUGAAUGUGCUGCAUUACUUAAUGAAUAAAUUUUGGGAAAUAUUGCUUGAAUUUACCCUGGAAAGUUUUUAUAUGCUCUCAUGUUGGUUUUCUUUUUAAAAUAAAUGUAAAAAUGACAAUUUUUUUUAGUACAGGAUAACGUCCUUGUUGUUCAGACUGAGACCUGCAUAUCUGAUGUGUAAUGGAGCAAUCCCAAUAUACUUACUUGAGUUAUAUGUACUUGUGUUUUAUUUUAUUUACCACAUAAAAAACGAUAGUAUCAAUACCUUUGCUUACCCAUUAAUUAUACAUUUAUACAUUGUUAAUUAUAUAGUUAAAAGCUAUUUUAUGACUCUUAUAAAUUGUAUAAAUAUUUUUAUUUUUUUACAUUUAUUAAAUAGUAUUAAUCAUUAAUUGCUUCUGAAA